AUGUCAUAUCAAAAUUAUCCUCCAUAUGGUGCGCCGCCGGCUGGACUUGCCCCGCAAUCUGGAUACCCACCACAAAUACCCCCCCGUCAUUCCCCUCAGCCAUAUCAGCAAUACCCCCCUACCCAAACUCCAUAUCCUCAACAUUCAUAUGGUGCUCCUCCACAGCAACCUCCAUACCCACCGCAGCAACAGCCCUAUCAACAAUAUCCUCCCCAACAAGGUUCCUACCCACCACAGCAACCAUAUGGCGCACCUCCACCAGUUCCGCCGGGACAUUAUUCCCCGCCGCAGUCAUCGCCUUAUCCUCCAUCGCAAAGCGGAUAUUCUCAACCACCAUAUGGCGCUCCACCCCCAGGCGCACAACCUCAAUAUGGUGCGCCAAUGGGCUACGGACAACCUACUCCACCUUCAGCUGGAUAUGACCUGAACUUACCAAGCCCUCCUCGCAUACCCUACGAUGGACGCGCAGAUGCGCAGGCGUUGCGCAAAGCUAUGAAAGGUUUCGGUACUGACGAAGCGACUCUUAUCGAGGUUUUGCACAACAAGGGACCUUUGCAAAUAGAAGUUUUGCGACAAGCUUUCUUUGAUACCUUCAAAAGGAAAUUGUUGGCAGAUGUGGAGAGUGAAACCAGCUCGUACUUCAGGGAGGGUCUCGCUGCGAUAAUUCGAGGCCCCUUGAUACAAGAUUGUCAUUUGCUUUAUUCGGCGAUGGACGGAGUAGGUACAAAGGAGAAAUACCUGACUGAAGUUUUGAUGGGUAGGUCAAAUGCCGAUAUCAAUGCGAUCAAGUCAAUGUAUCAACGCCGAUACAAGAGGAGUCUGGCAGGCGACAUCAAAGGUGAUUUGAGUAUGAAGACAGAGGAUCAUUUCUUGAUGGUAUUAGAGGCCAAUAGAAACGAGGAGAGUGCGCCAGUAAUCCCUCGCGAUGUUGACCGAGAUGUGGCAUCCAUAUGGAAUGCGACAGAGGCCAUACGUGGACAUGACGCAAAGACAAUUUGUGAGAUAUUCACGAAACGAAAUGAUGCUCAAUUACGAGCAAUCAAUCACACAUACCAGCAACAACAUGGAAAGCCAUUAGAAUGGGUUAUCAAAAAGAAGUUCAGCGGCCACAUGGAGGAUGCCCUCCUCUAUCAACUUCGCACAGCUUCGGAUAAAGCCAUGCGUGAUGCAAAUCUCAUGGAGGAAUCGAUGAAAGGCUUUGGCACGAAGGAUAAAUUACUUGUUGCUCGAGUCGUCCGAUGUCAUUGGGACCCCAAACACAUGGAUCAAGUCAAGGGUGCAUAUCAGCAUGCCUACGGACGAUCUUUGGCCUCCAGAAUUUCUGCGGAUACAAGUGGUUAUUAUGAGAAACUGAUGGUGAAAUGCGUCGAGUGCAGUAAUUUGGUUCAGCCUGGUUACACAUGGUUCUAG